UGCACUUAAACCUUGAUCAAGCCCAGAAAGAACUGGACGAGUCGAGGUUCAGAAGAGAAAAUGGGCCGAAGUAUCGUAAUUCAUAACAUAACGUCGUUGGCGAAAGUCCGGAUUUUUUUGUGUAUGUUUGUAUGAAUAGAAACGGUGCCAGUUUUGUUCCUCAGCCAGACCGGAGACAGAGAAAGAUGGGGGGUGCGUUCUGGGGGACAAGAGUGAUGGAAAUAGUGAAGAAGCACGAUUCGGGAGGUCUAGUCUGGAAGCGAAUCAAGCUCACUACCACUCGCAGAGCCAACGCUAAGAAGCGCCUCCUCCGCGUUUGGCAGAAUGAGGCUGUCCUGAGGGCUUGUUCUGAACCACCUCCUUCGAAAACCUCAGGUGCUGGUACUGAUGUAGCUAGUGAGAAAGACAGCGGGAGCAGUUAAGUAAAUGAAAUGAGUAAGAACACCUGGCAAGUCUGAAAGGAGUUAAUUUACCCAUUCUCAUAGUUCAAUGUUCCUUUUAAUUAAAAUUUAACUGGAUAUUGUACAAUUUAAUCGUUCUAUAAUAUAAGAUUAUGAUUUUAUUAUUUAUCUUGAGAAUGGAAGUGUUUGGCAGCUUGUUAUUCUUUAAACAAAGUGUUAAUCAUAGUCUUGUAUGAUCUUGGGCUUGUUAACUUUUUAACAAAUUUUGGGUCAUCAAUCAAAAUCUCCAAAACUCCCUUGUUAA